UUGUCACUCCGCGAUACGUAUCUAUUUCUUUAAUACGUAGCAGUUUCAUAAUUAUUCUUCGCUGUUCAAUCACACGCUUAAUUCACGUACGUUUUAAUUCGUAAUUUAUUACGAAUAUUAUUUGAUUAUCUUUUUCUUCUUCAUCACCCUUCUGGUUGUUGCAUUUGCCGGUAGCUCUUAUAACGAGCAAUCAAAAUGCAAUACGAUUUGGAUCAUUGUUUCAUUUUUAUAAUUAAUUGCAAUUUGUUCUUUUUAUACAUUUAUUUUAAUGUUCUCCUUGUUUCUUGUGCACAUUAAAUUGCGAGGAAAGUUCGAGGCAAUAGAAGGAUGUCACGAAAUUUAAGAAGAUGCCGUAAAAUUCAAAAGAACAUUCGAGAAACAACGCUACAGGGGCGAAGGGGUUCUUCUCAGUCAUCACUUCUCCCUCUUCUCUGGAACGAAUCCAGUGGUGCUUCGAAGGCCAAAAAUUUAAAGGGAUUAUUUGCGGAAACGAGGGAGAAGAACGGGUCUACCGCCGGAAGAAAUUUGGAUAGCAAAGGAGGAUCUGUCGUUUAAUACGUGCUCGCCUCUUUUCCUCCUUUCUUUCAAAGUAGCUGAGUAGUUGUUUAAUUCUUAACGAGAUGGCUGCUGAAGGAACUUAAUUUGAGCUGCUUUCCACAUCUACUUUAUUUCGUUCAGUAACGAUGGCAUGAGAAUUCGUGUGUAAAUCCAGUAUUGACGCGUCGCCGAUAUUUGCCAGUAUAUCAUAGAAAUCCGCAUCGAUCAUAGAAAUUCAGCGAUAUAGGUAUCAAAGGAUAUAGGCCGAUAACUCAUUUUCCAUUGGAGAAUCGAUUUGAGGAGAGUCGCGUAGAUCGAUUCGAUGUUCACUGGGUGGAGUGCGCUGCUCAUACUCGCACGUUUAACGCGAGUGCCCGUCGUCACGUGUCCCGUCGAAAAUAAGUAUCGUCUACUGAUAAAUGUGCCUGAAGCAUUGGCGGUGAAACAUGGUUAGCUACGUACAGGGGAAAUUCCAUUGGUCUCGCGUAGAUAUUUUCCUCGAUUCCCGUGAAACACGCGACCGACCGCGUUACAGUGCGAGUACCCUACACAUCACGCUUGUACGCCUAUACGCGCAUGGAACGAAGAGAUCGCUUUAUACUGCUUCGUUCUACGUGCACCGUAAAAAUGCAAAGCAGGCUUGCACGUCAGCGCAUACAUCAGCAUACACGUGCACACGAGACAGCCGUGCCGUCGCUGCCAUGGGACCUGGACGUAGAAGCGGAGGGGGUCGUUUACCCCGCACUGCCACUCCACUAUCAACUUGCUCCGAUAUUAUCGACAAAAGACUCGACGUUUCUAAUUGACAAAAGACGGAAGGGAUAUAUUAACGCGACGCAUCUGCCGAAACGACAUAGAGGCGAAGAAGAAUGCAACGAGCAUGGGUGUAAAAAUAAAGAGGGUGAAACGGAAGCAGGAAGAGGCGGGCAAAGUAAUGAGACGAAACGAUAAAGCGGCACACUCCGAAGGUUUAUCGGUGCGUCAGAGGUAACCGCUUGGCAUCCGUAUAUUUUGAACAUUCGAGAUGGAAGAGAGAAAGGGGUGGCUGGGGGUCUCGACGUUGACGUUUGGAUUCAGGCUUCGACGUUUGCCCGCGAGUCCGACAGAAAAACGACACCGGCGAACAGCGAAGCAAAGCGGUCGCGAGUCAUCGAGAGGAGGAGCAGCUUUGAUCCCGAGAACGAGAGAGUAUCCUCCCCUUCGUCGUUCGCUACUCACCGCAUGUAGAACGCGCACGGUUAACAAUUACCGUUAUCGUUACCGUAACGAACGAAAUUGGCUGUUGCGUCAGUUUCAGUUUGCGGAACAAAGUGAAGCAAAGUGGAGGAGAACGAAGCCUAGAGAAGCAGGGAAAAAACGAUUAUCCCGUUGGAAAGAAAUUUUUAUGUCGGCUGGAUCUACUGCAUUCGUAGCUGUAACGGCCGGGCCGUGAGAUUCCGCAACGGUGCCGGGAAACGCGCUCCUUUUGCCGAGCAGAAAGCAGGGAUCUCGCUCCGUGGACGGAUCGUCGAGGGAAGAAAACGAUCGUCGGCGAUCGUCGUUGCCCGUUGAGAAGGAGGAAUUGAAUGUGGGUCGAGGACUGAGUUACACGGAAUACGAAAAUCGAAGAAUCGAACACUGACACUGGAUAGGUGAAAGCGAAGGUUGUCCACGAUCUCGAGAUUCGAUCGACCGAGGAACGUAUCCGACGAUGGAUUUUGUGCUGUUCUUAAUCGCCGUGCUCCUCGGGCAGAAGGUGACUGGGCUGAAGCUGCUUUACAUAAGCGUCCCGCCGUACUCCUUUAGGGGCCAGAGUGCGCUUCUCGAGUGCAGAUACGACCUAGAAGCGGACAAGCUUUACUCCAUCACGUGGUACAAGGAUCACGAGGAAUUCUACAGAUACGUGCCUAGAGGGGAACCUACGAAGCACAGCUAUCGCGUCGAGGGCGUUAAAGUUGACCACCGAAAAUCCAAUGACAAGGAGGUGCUGCUGCAGGACGUGAGCCUGCACAGUAGCGGACGGUACAAGUGCGAAGUGAGCGCGGAGGCUCCUAGCUUCAACUCGGUCAGCGCAGAAGCCAGCAUGGAAGUCGCAGUUCUGCCGCAAGAUGGGCCGUCGAUAACGGGCGAGGAGAAGGUUUACGCGACCGGCGACGUCCUCGGGCUGAAUUGCACCAGCGGCAAGUCCCAUCCCGCCGCGACGCUCAAAUGGUUCAUCAAUAGGGAGCAGGUGAAACCAGACACGGAAAUGGUGUUCGAGCAGCACGGACUUUAUUCGGUGAUAUCCAGUUUACGACUGCAAUUGGAACCGGAUCACAUCGCCGGCGACAAAAUAAACGUCAGAUGCGAGGCGACCGUGGUAUUGGACUCGAUGUCGGACAAGCCACGCUUCGAGACGCGCACAACGGAAGUUUUCGUGGAAGGACAGGGCAGCCUUGCAACGCCUUCCGUGUGCCUGACAGUAGCCAGCGCGCUACUUCUCCGACUACUGCCAACCUUGGUUUAGGAAUAAACGUGCGAACCGCGCGCGGCCGGCCGCGUUCGCGUCCACGAGACGCAAUUGCCACGCGCACGACUGGACUCCAUCGAGUAGGAAAGAAGAGAAGAUGAGAAACGCAAGGAUGGAAGAAAGAGACGGAUGGACGAUCGUCGUACCUAGCGAUCAAAUGCUAAUAGAAAUAAUAGGGAAAUAUCGUUGGAAGGCUGAACGAAAAUACCGCGACGAUCGAACAAACAGAGAAUCGAAAGGCGGGUCGGAGCCGGAAAAAUUCUGGUUCGCGGAGUUGGCGAGGGACGAGUAUCGCUUGGCUACUUGGCCGAUGGGUGAUCGAUCGGGGCACCGGGGUCGCCGUGAGGCAAUCGCGGGGCAGUCGCGGGCCCGGGAAAACGCGCGCGCGGAUUAUCAUCCCGUUGGACGGCACGCGACUCGAAAAUACGAUUUACGAGCCUGUAAGCGGAUUAAUUUGGACGAUUCGACGUGCACGGGAUAGCGUAAAUAUUUGUCUGGAGCGCGUAGGGAAGCGAGUCGGCGAUUCUUUCGCGGCGAUUCCGAUAGAAAUCCGCGACGAGCGAGAGCCGCGACCGAGCGAGACGUCUCGACGAUCCACCCCGCGCAUAUCCGUGUUUCUCUCGCAUGACGCGCAUCCGCGUAGCACGCAACGAUACCUACGUGUACUCGUUAUACGGCUUCGAAGCUUUUAACUCCCGUUGUAAUUCCGAAAAGUCGGGACGAGAUCGGUCGCGCGGUUCUCGCUCUCCAACCAAGAACGAACGAACGAGAAACCUAGAGAUUUCCGCUUCCCUUCGCGUCCGCGACUUCUCUCUUUGUGUCUGUAUACUUUGUACAUAGCUGCGACGCCUGCACGCGCGUACAUCUGCCGUUAUCUACGAAAACUAGAUACACCUCGUCGAACAUUACGAUAGAGAAGAGAAAGCAUUGGAUCGCGAACUUUAUUCGCGCUUUCCGUAGAAACGUAGACAACGUGGCGCGGCGUUUUUCCAAAAACCGGAUCCGUCGUUCGUUUCGAAACGAGCUACGAUCGGGGCUGCGCAGUCGAACAACUCCCCGAAACUACCGUAAAUCGGACAGAGAUUACGUACUUGUGUGUAUGGCCUAAUGUAUAUACGUAUACAUAAUACAUAUAUAUAUAUACAUACA